AUGAGUCUAACACAAGGAAAUGAUGAAGAUAUUUUUCAAGAAUUUCCUGAUGAUUUAGGUGCAGAUGACGAAACAAGCAUACAAUUCGAUAAGAGACGUAGGCGAUUCGUAAAAGAAUAUGAGGAUGAUUUAUUUGACAUUGAACAAUGUCCAGAAACAGUUGGUGUACAAGAAGAGCAACAAUAUUUAUCUGGAAAGUUAAGGCAACUAUCUGCUUCACAUCAGGAAUCUGAAAGUACUACUCAAUGGAACGCGACAAAUCGAAUAAAAACAGAUAAUAUCGUCACUUCAAGUCAAUUGUUCCCAAAAUACUUAUCGCAUGAAAGUAAAGAAUUCGAUCGGAUGAUUUUCGGUCUUCGUCAACAAACUGGUACUUCUAUUUAUACGGAAAAAUUACGAGCUAUUGCAUUUCUCAUCGAUCAACUUGAACGUAUUGAAUUAGAAAAACGUCUCUAUACGACAUAUUUACGUUCUGGUCAGGGUACAUUAGUUGAACGAGAUAUCGAUCGAUUCAAUGAUGUCUUUCAUGAAUAUGGCGACGAUAUAGAUGAAGAUGAAGAUAAAAAUAUUGAUUUUGAUAAUCUUCAGCGAACAAUCAUUGAAGAGGAAGAUGAAUACAAUGAGGAUGAUGACAAUGAGAGCGUAAUUCAAAUUGAAGAAUUACUUGAUCAUGGCUCGAAUGUAAUUUUACUAGAUCCUACAGUCGAAGAGGACGAAUUGUCUCAAAAACUUAGUCAACUUUCUGCUUCAAGUGAAGUAAAGCGUACAACACAUCAGGAACAAACAAAAGAAUCAAAAACUAGAAAGCGUCCUGCGUUAACACCAACUACUCCAACAACAACAAUAACAACUACUUUACACGUAGUACAGACAACGAAAAAGCUUAAAACAAGUGAUGAUAAAGAGCAAUCCAGUUUUAUUUUACCGAGAUAUCUCUCAUCAUCUAAUAAAACUUUUGAAGAAAGAAUGGCUAAUGUUCUUCAAAACGUACCUUAUUCUUCUAUUACUAUUGAACAUUUGCGACACAUUGCAUAUCUUAUACAUAAGAUUGCAUCUGUUGAACUUGAUAAAUCCUUAUGGACAGCAUAUUUAUUAUCGGGUACAGGUAAAUUGAGAAAUGAAGAGUUACCAAGAACUUCGAGAGCAAUAACUACAACGACAACAUCAAGCGAGUUUGAUGUCACCUCGAAAGUAUUACUAUGGUCUAAUGAAGUUAAAACGAAAAUGAAAGCUGAUGGUAUUAAAACAACUACAGAUCCAAAUGCUGACGAUUAUAAUGCUUGUCUGAAAUAUGUUAAAGAAGUUUUAGAAAAAUAUGAAAAGGAAAUCGUCGAUUAUCAAGCUCAAUUGAAACAAAUAAAAGAACGUUUCAUGAAUAUUUUCACAAAUGAAAUGGAAGAAGCUAUUAUGAAAUUUGUUCAACGUUAUGGUGUUUCUUUAUAUAAAUUAAUUAUCGAAGAACAAAUAGCUGUUGUUAAAUAUGAUUAUAAAAAUCGUUUAAUUCAAUUAGAGUUUUAUCAUGAAGAACCUAAUUGCUAUCAACAACAAGUAUUUGAAAAUCUUACAGUAGCAAGACGUGAAAAAGAAACAGCUAAAUUUGAAGUUGCUAUAUUAAAACAACGUGCCAUACAUAAUCAUUUACCAAAAUCAUUUCAAUCACUUGAUAUACCAACAUCAAUAUCAUUAAAUAACAUUAAUGAUCCAAGAAUUCGGCAACAGUUAUAUGAAAAAUGUGAAAAAAUUUUACAAAAAACAAAAUCUGAAAUGAUGUUAGUAUAUAUUGCUGUAGCUGAAACUAAAAUGAAUGAAACUAAAGAAAAAUUCAAUAAAGAUAUGGCUGAUAUGCAAGAUAUACAACAUUCAGGUCCCCAUACCAAAAGAUUAACUCAAAAUAUGGUUGCUAUUAUGAACAGACGAUUUCAAAAUAUCAAUGAACGUCUUGUUAAUCUUUAUAAAUUAAAAUUGCAUUAUUUCGACGUAGCUCCGAUGGCCAAGAAUUAG